AAUCCCAAGGGUAUACAAGAGAAAAACAAAGAUGGCGGAGUAACCAGACUGAAAGAAGCAAAAAAACCUCGAUUUUCCCCUAAUUUUCAAUUUGUCGACGCAAUUACAAUGCAGAAUGGAGUACUUCAUCUCGCAUUCAACCAGGAUCAAGGCUGUUUUGCCAGCGCACUGGAUAGCAAAGGGAUCCGGAUUUACAAUACAGAACCACUGUCAGAAAAGGCCAGAUUGGCAAUGACCAAUGAGCUGUACCAAGUUUCACAAGUUCAUAUGCUUCACAGAACGAAUCUCAUAGCAAUUGUUGGCACAGGUCCAGGCGCACGCUUCUCUAAUGACAAAGUUUAUGUAUGGGAUGAUAGUCGAAAGGAACUGGUCCUUGAGAUGACUUAUGGAUCCCCCGUCACCACAGUCAGAAUGCAAAGAGACAAGCUUUUUGUCGCUCUAAGAAAUAAGAUUCAUGUGUACUCAUUCCCCAAUAAUGUGCUGAAGCUCUUUGACUUUGAUACAAGAGAUAACCCGAAAGGUCUGUGUGAAGUAUGCCCCAGCCUAGAGAGACCAAUACUGGUAUUUCCUGGCCGAAAGUGUGGUAGUGUCCAGUUAGUGGACUUAUUGAAUAGACAGCCAGACACAUCUAGUGCGCCACUAACUAUCAACGCUCAUCAGGGUGAGCUGGCGGCUCUUGCUAUCAACCAGCAGGGUACCCAGGUGGCUACAGCAUCACAGAAGGGAACGCUGAUCCGGGUAUUUGAUACGCAGAGCAGAACACUCGUGGUAGAGCUCCGCCGAGGAGCAGACCCAGCUACUCUCUACUGCAUCAACUUCAGUCACGACUCGGCCUUCCUAUGCGUGUCAAGCGAUAAAGGCACUGUCCACAUCUUCGCGCUCAAGAACACCAAACUCAACAAGCGCUCCAGCUUAGCGAAGGUGGGCUUUCUAGGCCAGUACGUGGAGUCCCAGUGGGGCCUUGCCAAUUUUACCGUCCCCGCGGAAGUGGCGUGUGUCUGCGCAUUUGGUCAAGGCAGUUCGGUUAUAGCCGUCUGUCUGGAUGGGACUUUUCACAAGUACGUCUUCACACCAGAUGGGAACUGCAACCGUGAGUCGUACGAUGUCUUUCUGGAGCUUGGGGAUGACUGCGAGUUUUAGCCAAUAGCAGCCCAAGUUUGCAAUCGUGUCAUGUGCUGGACCAAUAAGACACUGAGUUCGCAAACCCAUGACGUGUUGAACGAGCCAAUGUGGGCUCAAAUCCGUGAUCCGUUGUCUAAUCAGCAAAUGAGAGCCCGAUGUCACUGUCACGUGUCGUGUUGAGCCAAUUAAAGCUCAAAUAACAGCGGAGGUCGCAUCCAUGCUUCGCUUGAGCCAUUGAGGAUUUCCGGUUCUCAUUCGGGGUUAUUCGGAAAUGUACUAGACCAGACUGUACAAGACACUGUUAUUCAUAUUUAAGUAUUUCUCUUUAAGACAUAUUUAGAAAUAUUCUAGAUUGCUAUAACGCGAAAAGUGUAAAAUAUGGCAAUAGUACAAUAGUAAAAAUGAAAAUCUUUAAUUUAUUAAAGACUAAAUUUUCUACAGUC